UAAUAAUAAUAAAAAUCCUCUUUUUUAUUUUAAGAAGACUAUAAAUUGCUUUCGUCUUCGCUCUCUCACAAUCUUCUUCUUCGAUUCACCUUGGCGGCGCACUCAGAGAGAUUCAAACAACUCAGAAAAUGGUGGCGACUGGCUUGUUCGUGGGGCUGAACAAAGGACACAUUGUUACAAAGCGAGAGCAACCUCCUCGCCCUAACAACAGAAAAGGGAAAACAAGCAAAAGGACUCUCUUUAUCAGGUCCCUCAUCAGGGAAGUUGCUGGUUUUGCUCCUUAUGAGAAGAGGAUCAGUGAGCUUUUGAAGGUCGGUAAAGACAAGAGAGCUCUCAAAGUUGCCAAGAGGAAGUUGGGAACCCACAAGAGAGCCAAGCGAAAGAGAGAGGAGAUGUCUAGUGUUCUCCGCAAGAUGAGGUCUGGUGGAGGAGGUGCUGCUGCAACUGAGAAGAAGAAGUGAUGCAGUGACUCGCGUUGGUUCUGCGUGGUUUCUCGAACUUUGUGUGUUUUAGAAUUUUUGCCUAAUGUUUCUUUGGAUAUUUUGUAGCAAAGAUGAUUUAAUGUUGAAACGAAACCAUUUUGGAGCCACUUGUCUUCUGAUUAACCGGGUGUGUCUUAAUGUCCGGUCCAAUCUGGUUUAGAAAUGUACUUUCUUUGACCCCCAUGUUGUAGUCUUUCGUUAUUGGGCCUACUUCGACA